AAGAGUGCCUCAGUAGCGCACUAACGCUUUUCGGAGAAAGGUGGAACACAAUUUCGAGAGGAACUGUCCAGAAGUGUAACAUACAAUUCGCUUCAAAAGGUUCUCUUGUCUAAAUGUGCCACCAGAAAUUGGCGAUUGUUUGGUUCGGUGGUUGAGCCGAGGAAAUGGCCCAGAAACGAGACGGGCGUCAUGAGUAAACGAGAAAAGCAUCGAGCCUUAAUCACACGGCUGGAAAGUGACUUAUGGGAUUGGCGCCAAGAAUGCCGAACGGAGGGCAAAAAGGCCCUCUCCAAAAAGCUCGUUCAAGCCCGAGCAAGAUGGGCCUUUCAUCGAGAGGGCAUGAAAGAUUUCAAGGCUUCAGAUGGAUGGUAUUGGAAAUGGUUGUCCCGUUGGCAAAAGCAGCCCCAACUCUCUCAUUCCACCAUGGACCUAAAAUCGGCUCAAGACAUCCAUACCCUGUCCAUUGACAACGAGGUCCCGUUGGUGGACUCGCCAUCAUUGGCCACUGAAGCUCGAGAUUAUCUCUACUAUCUUCAAAGAAAGCAUCAGUUUCAUCCAAUAAAAUUGGCAACCCUCUCGCCCUCCACCUGUUCCACAUUCUUCCCGGAGGACCCAUCACACUCUGGCUCCAUAUCCACCGAAUGGCACACUGCAAUCGACGAUGGAGAGGAUCAGAAUGCUAUUGAUCAAAUGUUGGAACAUACCAUCAUGUUCCAAGACGAUCCCAGGCAUGAGGAUAUCAUUUCAAAUUUAUCUUGGGAUUCACUCGAGGAUGCUACUCACGACGACGAUCAAAGCAAGCUGACGAAAUCCGAGGAACAUCAACAGCAUCCCGACCAUCAGGCGCUCAAUUGCUCGUUUGUCUCACCCUUCAAUGAUCUCGUUGGCUUAUCCAAAGAGCCUCGAAAUGAGGCCGCGGAGGAGACAUCCAUGAAUAUUGAGCAUAUCCUGGAUUCAGUUCCGCUCCCGCCGAUAAUGGUGUCUCACGAGGACGAGUUCUUCAUGAGCGAUUGCCAGCCCUCCCUUGCUGAUGCCAUCCCGGCCACCACCACCCACAGCAGCAGCAGCAACAACAACAACAACAGCCAUGUGAUCUCCUCGUCGUCCUCUUCGUCCUCCUCGUUGAAUAACUCAUUGCUCUGUGAUCUAAGUAGUUCCGUUCUACCCUUCAGCCUCCCUUCGCCUUCUGGGUCUGCAAGCGAGCAAAGUUUCUCACCGUAUUCGCAGCAUUCGUCCUGGGACGAUAUUGGAUCUUCUUCCUCGAUGGUCUCGAGUCCACGUUCCUCUUCGGCCACUCAAGAACCUCGUGGAACUUCUGUGAUCGCUCACCAUCGGAGUCUGGGCCCGAAGUUCCUGAACCAGCUCAAGGAACGAGUGCGGGAAUACGCCCGUACCCAUACGUACAAGGAGACGGCCAAAAAGUUUGGCGUUCACCACUCCACCGUGUCCGGCUGGGUGAAAACGGCCUCGACCGCAACAGACACAAGUCUCGAGGGAAAACCCACCAGAUUUUACAACUCCUCGUUCUGUUCGGAGGAAGAGGCGCGCCAAUUCAAAUCCCUGGAGUUUGAAGUGGAUUCGACCACACUUUCAUCUGGCCAUGAUGGGCACUCGAGGCUGCCAAAUGGGGACCUAAUUAAAAGACGCUUGGAAAGAAUAUCUUCUCCUUCUUCUUUUCCUCCUUCCGCCUUCCCUUCCCAUGGGUUCCAGGGACUGGAUGGUGCAUUCAUAGACUGGUUGGCACGAUGCAGACGCAAUCAUCAAGUACUUUCGAGCUCGAUCGUGACCAAGCAAAUUCAAGAAAUUAUCAAACAGGCGGGCCAAGUGUCCGAAGACACGUGCAAGUGGUUCUUGUUGUGGAAAAACAGACGUGAGGAAAAGCUGUACGUGGAAGGCAUGGAAGACGACUUGGAAUGCAAAAGGGAAACUCAAAACCUAGCUUAUCCACCGGCUUUCAAGCUUGAGGUCGCUCUCUAUGCCACUCAACACAGCCAAUAUGCAGCCUCGAAAAUAUUUUCCGUGGCUCGGAGGAGGAUCUUUGAUUGGAUGAAGCAGAUUCCAAAACUGAAAGAAAUGGUCUCGAGUGGGCUCGUGAAGAAAAUCACCGGACGUGGGCCCAAGAAUAAGGACAUUGACCUCAUCUUAUACAAAUGGUAUUGCAAGAACAAGUCCCAAGGAAAAAGACCGAAAUCGUCUCAGGUCCAAAGUAAGGCCAAGGAUAUUUUUAUGGCCAGAGGUUACACGGAUAUGAAAUGCUCCUAUGGUUGGUUCAAAAGAUGGUCCCAAAGGUUUAAAAUCCAGUUACGCUAUUCUUAUGACGAAGAUCUCCUGGAAUGGGUGUGGUCCCAAUUUGAGGCGAAUAAUUCGAUCUCUCAUUUGGAUCUCCAAAAAUUUGGGCUUAAUGUUAUUGGCAGAGAUGAUGCGUCAUUCAAAGCUUCUUCAGGUUGGGCAAUGCGAUUCUGCAAGAGGAACAAGAACCUGAUGAGUCCGUACCUCGUGUCCCCAUCGGAUUGGUCAGAAUUGCCUCCAAAGCUUGUUGAACAUGCCCGUGAGUUCUCGAGCAAUACCUUGGAACUGAUCCAGGAACACCACCUGUCAGUCAAACGAAUCGGUUUCAUGGAUGAAGUUCCACUCCAUUUGAAUCCUCAAAGCCAUUCUCCGGGUUCCUUCACCAACAAAUCCAGCCGAACUCAUCAUCCCGGGUUCCAAUUACGCCACGCUGGUUUUCAAGAUUGCUCCGCGGUCGUGGUUUUAUCAGCUUUGGCGGAUGGAACACUUCUGACGCCGUUGCUUAUUUUAAAGACCUCGAAGCUUGGCCGAUCUCAAUCGUUGCUAGUGAGGCACAAGGAUAUAUUGGUGCUCUACCAACAGAGCGACAAUCAGAUCAGAGCUUGCGAUUCUGUUCUGGCCCAAUGGCUUUCUUCAGUUUGGUUCCAACACGUUCCAACUCCAAACCUUAUGAUAAUGGACUCCUUUGGAUCUCAUGAAGGAAUGACGGCCAGAGCAUUCGUGUCCGCCAGGAGAUCCCAUCUCGCGUUGAUUCCUCCUUCUUGCACACCAUUAGUUCAGCCUUUGUUAUGGGGGCUCACAUGGAGAUUUAAACAAUGUAUUGAAGAUGCUUAUUUACAUGUCCUCAGGGAGCACCAAACCAGUUCAAGGAUUCUGAAAGACAAAUGCGCAAUAAGUGAUUCACAAAUCAUUCAAUGGACCAAUGACGCAUAUCAAGCAGUUUCAAAAGAUAAGGAAAUCUCGCAUCAAGAGUUUCAAUCCAGUGAAAUUUGUGUUAAAGCUUCAAAAGAAUAAAUAUGUGAUUGAAUA